AUGGGUGUCGAACUCAGCAUAAAACCUCCAGUCUGCGAUAUUACCGUCGCGGGCGGUACGAAGAAGUAUAAACUCAUUAAUCAUUGUGCCCUAAUGCUAGCCUACAGGAUUAUUAUAAAUCCUGGAUCUAAUUAUUCAGUACCAGAGAAUCAAUUGUGUGGUUUUAUACAAAUCGGAUACCAGGUUGAUAUCGAUAUAACAAGAAAGAAAGCACCACCCAGAGCAGACAAACUUGUCGUUCAGUACGCAUCAGUAGGCCAAGAAGCACGUGACCCGAGAAAACCAUUUGAAAGUGGAAAACCCGUUGGAGAAAUCACCGGCGAAACAGUGAUGAAGCUGAUUGCCGUUGAGUAA